CCUCGCCGCCUCUGCCUCGGCGAAUAGCAGCGCGCUGCCCGCCCGGAUUGGAGCAGCAGCAUCACGCUGACCUCUGCCUGGGAUGUAAACCGGGGCCGGCUGCUGCGGGCAGAGGAAGGCUCUCGGCUCCUCCGGGGAAGCCAGCCCCAGCACCGGGCUCCGAGCGGCGCGCAGGGAGCGGCGGCAGCCUUGAACUGGGCAGCGCCCAGCGGCGGCUGCGGGAAGCGGAGCGAGCCCGGCGCGGGCGCGGGCGUGGAGCGUGCGUCCGUUCGCACAGGCAGCGGGAGGAGGGGCGGCGCGAGCCAUGGCCGGGGACAGCGAGCAGACCCUGCAGAACCACCAGCAGCCCAACGGCGGCGAGCCUUUCCUUAUCGGCGUCAGCGGGGGCACGGCCAGCGGCAAGUCGUCCGUUUGUGCUAAGAUUGUCCAGCUCCUGGGACAGAAUGAGGUGGACUAUCGCCAGAAGCAGGUGGUCAUCCUGAGCCAGGAUAGCUUCUAUCGUGUCCUCACUUCAGAACAGAAGGCCAAAGCCCUGAAGGGCCAGUUCAAUUUUGAUCACCCGGAUGCCUUUGACAAUGAACUCAUUUUCAAAACCCUCAAAGAAAUCACCGAAGGGAAAACAGUCCAGAUUCCCGUGUAUGACUUUGUUUCCCAUUCCCGGAAGGAGGAGACGGUCACUGUCUACCCCGCGGACGUGGUGCUGUUCGAAGGGAUCCUGGCCUUCUACUCCCAGGAGGUACGAGACCUGUUCCAGAUGAAGCUUUUCGUGGACACAGAUGCGGACACCCGGCUCUCCCGCAGAGUAUUAAGGGACAUCAGCGAAAGAGGGAGGGACCUGGAGCAGAUUCUGUCUCAGUACAUUACAUUCGUCAAGCCUGCCUUUGAGGAAUUCUGCUUGCCAACAAAGAAAUACGCUGAUGUGAUAAUUCCUAGAGGUGCAGAUAACCUAGUGGCCAUCAACCUCAUCGUGCAACACAUCCAGGACAUCCUGAACGGAGGGCUCUCAAAACGGCAGACCAACGGCUAUCUCAACGGCUAUACCCCUUCACGCAAGAGGCAGGCCUCAGAGUCCAGCAGCCGGCCGCACUGACCCCCGUCUUCUCCAGACCCCGGCCCCUGUCUCCAAGGGACCAGGAGGAGGGGUCAGAGGCACUGUUCAUCUAUACAUAUGGUUUCCUAUGACAUUGCUGUAUUUAAGAAUUUAAGAAAACACCAUGGAGAUGAUGAAAUGCCUUUUUUUUUUUUUUUUUUUUUUGGUACUUGGAGCGGCAAAAUGAAACAGAACUUGACCCUGAGCUUAAACGACAAACUGUGCCAACUCCUACUGGUGAUGCCUAAUUAUGAAUCCAACGUGUAACCAGUUAUAAAUAUAUAUAUAUAUAUACAUAUAUAUAUAAAAGGAUCUAUUUUUGUGUAAAUGUACAAAUACUGUACAGCUGUUUGCCGUAAGUAUUCCGCAGGAGGGCCUGUACUUGAGUGUUUGGGGCCUGGAGCUGGAGUUUCCCCAGGGGACGCUGUCCUUCGUGUUCCUGGUGGGGCUGGCUCCGGCGUCCGCGUGGGAGGGAGGUGGGGAGCGGAGGUGGAGGCUCACGGCCCUGAGUAUCUAUGGACCGCGUUGGAAGUGGAGUUUGCAACCUUUGCUCGCCUCCCCUGCCAGAUGCCACCUUUUUGGAGCUGGGGUGUUAAUGAGAUGUGAUGAUGAGAGAUAACUUUUUUUUUUCCUUUUCUUUUUGAGUUGAAACUCAAAAACCAAACUCAGGGAAGAGGCCCACCGAGGUGAACAAGUCUUAUGUGUUUUCUUCUUGCCCUCCACCCCACCUCUGGCUGCUCUGGCAGCUGCCAGGCCCUUUCUUACUCACCUGCCUCUCGGUCUCUCUGAAAGCCAGGGCUCCCCAUCUCUCCCUCCCCAAGAGGGCUUUGAUGGGAUUGGGCCCCAGUCGAAUGGGGAAGGAGGGAGUGGAACUGUGUCUGUCAGAGUCUGAGGAGACGCCGGGUCCUCCUUUGUCCCCCAGAAGUCACUGGUCAGAUUCCUUGUGAAGUGCACAGUGGACCCUUGCGGUCUGGGCUUUGGUUGAGGACUCCUGCUGGCGCCCCGUCACAAGGUGGCGGGAGAGCUGUGCCGUGUAGGGCAUAGUAACUUUGGUUCCCCAAGACCCUGGGGUUGAGCAGUGAGGCGGGGGUAGCAGGGACUAGCAGCAUCACAGCCACGCGGAUUCAUUCAUUUACCAUACGUGACGUCAAAUGGCAGCCACGGGGCACCUAGAGGCAGGGAGGAGCAAAUAGCAUAUUGAAGUCACAAGUUGGAGUCUUACGCUGAAAACGUUUAGAGUGGAGAGUCCCUGCUUUCCCCGGGGCCCCUCUUGGUGGAAGCUUCCUUCUUUGUAAGAAGUACAGGUUCCUGAAGGUUGCUGGUGGAGGGGUGGAGGAAACCGGGGCACCAAGCGAGACGGAGGAGGUACGAUGAUAGUGCUCUGAAGCCUCACAUUAACUGCGGAGGAGCCGGACCCUUUUCAUCUCAGCGCCUGGUAGGCGACACCCUUAGUUAUUCCCUUGUGGCUGCUACGGCCUGAAGCGUUUUGGGGACCCCUGCUUCUUCUGUUGCUUUCAUAGCCUGUUGGAGCCAUUCGGAUAAAUCUGACGCUGUUACCUUCUUCAUACCGAACUGUCUGUCUGUACGCUCAGCACGCUCUGACUGGUAUCCCCUUCUGUGGACUCCAUUCAACUCUUAACUCAGUUUGGCUGUUUCAGAAAGUCAAACCUAAUCCCCAGCAGAGAUUUGCACCCCUGAGACAUUCAGGAGACGGUGCGCAGGCUCUGGAGGGAAUGAACCCCUGAGGGCAGCAGCCACCUGGCUGGAGCAGGGACAGGCUCCCUGGUGCCUGCUCUGAAGGUGGGAUGGCCGAGUUCCGGAGUGUGUGUUUCAUGUCAGUAUUGAUUCUCUUUCUAGUCAUACCUUGUGCGGUUCUGAGGUGAAGGGUAGAUGGCAGGCCUGGGUUAGGAUCCUGAGGACCCGAGGGCCUCCUGCCUGUGCUCAGGGGAAGCCCAUCCCUGUCUGGGAGAGCCUCGGCCCUUCAGUGGGUAGCACGCUCCACGUUACUUGAAGCUUCCAGGUGCCAAACCAUUUAGUGCCUUGGCUGUCUAUCCCACUGCCUUGGAAGAUGGAUUCUUCUCAUCUCUGAGCCUUGACUUACUUAGCUGCUUCCUCAUCUACUCGUGGUGUUGGGACCAAGCCUCCAGUGUCUCUGAGUAGCCCAGUCCUCGCUGGGGAAACAGCUCCAGGGCUGCUGCCCUGCCUCUUGGUACAACCACCGCCAGUUCUUGCUGUCGCGGCUGGGCCGCGCGGGUGACUCCUCUGGUUCUGUGACACACUACGUCUGGGGUGAGGACGGAGCAGGGUAGGAAGCUCUGCCCCUACGUGGCGACCCCAGCAUUUAGCCAGCUGAAUACCUGAACUUGAGCUUUCUCUGUGGCAGAUCCUGGACUUGGCAUUUUGAGAACCAGUGUGUCUCUUAUUCCACUGGAGAGUCAGGUAGAAUCAUUAGGCCAGAAACCACGUGAGUCACCUGGGGACUGUCUGCUGCCCAGCGCGGCAGCUCGGAUGAGCACAGUGGGGUCAUGUUGGUUAUGUUGCGUGCACAGCAGUUCCUUGGCUUCAGAGCUGCCCAACGGUGCUUGCUUCUUCCCCGCUGCCCAGGAGGUGUUCGUGGACCAGGUGUUUAGGAAACGAGCGUUGUAUCAUGGGAGGGCCUGGCCCUGCCCGCUUCCUCGCACUCAUGGAACUCCUGCUGCUCUGGGUUCUUCCUGGGCGGCCUGAGACCAAUAGGAGCCCAGAGGUGGGAGUGCGUGUAAGGAAGAUGGAAGCAUUGUCACCUCAGGCGUCCCUUGAUUUGGGGUGGGUAGGGGAGGCCCUCGAAGGGGAGGGUUAGGCAACAGGUCUCCUGAAGAGCAGGCUGGGGAGGGUGGCAGGGAAAGGUCUCCAGUUCGCCCUUCAGAACCAGCCUCUGCAGCAGCCCACUCUGGUCUUGGCUGCAGGGCGGUCAUGGACUCUGGCUUCCUGCCUCUCCUGGGCUGGCUGGGACACUUGUAUCCGUGCCCAGGGUGGGUUGCCAGUCUCACAAGGCCGCUAGGUCAGGCUGCAGGCUUGUGUGCCUCUCAGAGCUGUCGGGGAGCAGGACGGGCUGGAGCCCAGCUGGUCUGUGUGUCACCUCGUUUGGUGUCCUUGUGUAGCCUCCUCAAUGCAGCAGUCUUGACCUGCGCUUGGGCCCAGGGCCACUGGCGGGCAGUGGUAACCUCUUGCAGAAAACGUUUUCCUCUGCCGUGGAGUCUCCCACCUGCCUGUCAGCGUGGGUGAGGCAGGCUAGGCGGCUCUGGGUCUCAGAGCGGGGCUUCUCUGCCCCUCCGGGCCUUCCUCCGACCUCAGGGUGGAGUGGGGAAGGUCUCGGUGUCUGAGCAAAUGGGGGUGAGUCUGGAGCUGAGUCCCCUUUGAUCUGCAGCCCUCCUCAGGCAGGUGGCUGGUCACAGAGCAGCGUCCCAGCCUCUCUCAGAGGCGGUGAGUGCCUCACUGGUCCUGCCUCAGGAACAGGACGAGUAGGUAAAUAAGGACUUAGGCCUGUUUUUCCUUUCAGACGCUUGUACUUCCCCCUUUACUUUCUGCUGCCCUGCCUUUAUUGUUAGCAGUUACAAAGUGACCACAUGCUAUGUACUUUGCUGUAAAUAAAGACUGAAUGGGAAAGAA